AUGUCCAGGAUGGAAUCUGGUAUCCGAGGAGCUUUGAAGAGCCUGUACAUCUCUCUAAAGAACAGAAAAUAUAUUGAAGGAGGAUACUCGCUUUACAGGUCACUGAUUUCUUACAUCAGAGAGAAGAUGAACAGUGUUUCUGAGAAGGACGUAGUUGGAUACAAAGUAAUGGAAAACUCUUUUCUUAAUGUGGUCAAGGCUUUGCUGAGAAACUCCGGUAAGGAUAUACAGGAAGAGCUUACGAGGAUUCUCAGAGGAGGGGAAUGCGAAAGGGUUGUUGACAAUUCCUGUGUAGUUUCAGCUGUGAUCUCGAACUCCACUGUUGUUGCCACAAGCUUAUUACUAGUUGAUGAGAUAAUUAAGGCAGGAAAGCCAAUAAAGGAGAACAAACCCGAGAAUUAA